UCCGACACUGUCUCUGCAGGGCUACACGGCUGGGGGGAUGAAGAUCGGGUGCACGCAGCCUCGGCGCGUGGCAGCCAUGAGCGUGGCCGCCCGAGUGGCGCAGGAGAUCGGGGUCAAGCUGGGAAAUGAGGUCGGCUACAGUAUCCGGUUUGAAGACUGCACCUCAGAGCGGACGGUGCUAAAAUACAUGACAGAUGGGAUGCUGCUGAGGGAAUUCCUCACGGAGCCAGACUUGGCUGGAUAUAGCGUGGUGAUCAUUGACGAAGCCCACGAGCGAACACUUCACACUGACAUUCUCUUCGGGCUGAUUAAAGACAUCUCCCGCUUCCGCCCUGACCUGAAGGUCCUGAUUGCGAGCGCCACGCUGGACACUGAGAAGUUCUCGACAUUUUUCGACGAUGCUCCGAUCUUUCGUAUCCCGGGGCGACGGUUCCCCGUUGAUAUUUACUACACCAAGGCCCCUGAAGCGGACUAUCUGGAAGCCUGCGUGGUUUCUGUCCUGCAGAUUCACGUCACUCAAGCUCCCGGCGACAUUCUGGUGUUCCUCACCGGUCAGGAGGAAAUCGAGACCACGUGCGAGAUGUUGCAGGAGCGAUGCCGUCGCCUGGGCUCCAAGAUUGCCGAGCUGCUGGUUCUACCCAUUUACGCCAACCUCCCCUCCGACAUGCAGGCCAAGAUCUUUGAGCCCACCCCAGCAGGUGCCAGGAAGGUCGUCAUCGCCACCAACAUCGCGGAGACCUCCCUGACCAUCGAUGGGAUCAUCUAUGUGAUCGACCCCGGUUUCUGCAAGCAGAAGAGUUACAAUGCACGCACAGGCAUGGAGUCUCUCAUUGUCACACCCUGCUCCAAG